AUGUGUUUUGUAUACAACGGUCAGGUUAGGGUCAAGGCAUUGAGGGCUUUGUGCGACUACGUGCCGAAGUCCGGCCAGCUUCAGCAUGCAGCUGUGUUAGCCCUUAACGCUGGGAAGGAGGGAGGAGCGGACAGAAUGAUCAGUUCGUCCGACAAAUGCGUGCGUCUCAAGCUGACAUUUUGUAGUCGAUAG